AUGGUCAGAGUUGAAGAAGACGCCGGCAGCACAGCAUCCUCCGCCCACCAGUAUAGUCUAGGAGACGACACCCCUCUGGCCGAGUUCCAACGCCGGCAAGAAAAGAGGAAGAUAGGAAAGAGCCACGGUGGAGAACUAGGGAAAGAACCAACAAAAGAGCGUUUGGUUCUUGGUACUUCUCACCCCGAUCCGGAAAAACAAAACAAAACCAAUCUUCCACCUGAAAAAGAGGAUAUACCUAUUCCUCGGAAUACCCCUGCUGCCACCAAGCGUUUGGAGGAUCAGAAAUUAGCUAGGAUCGAGGCCGAACUCAAGAAGCUAGGCGAUGACAGCGAUCAACAACAGAGGAUGUGGAGAUAUGUUCUCCAAGAAACCAGGCGGCGUUGCCUCCUUGGACAACCGGACCCCACAGAACAAGAGUAG